AUGAGAUUUGAAGAGGAAUUUCUUAAGCAUACAGUAAAUGGUGUAAAGGCUGCAGAGGCUGCUUUUCGUGAUCAAAAGGUAGCUACUCGUAUCGUACCAUGGAGCUCACACUUAAAGUCAGAUUUCAUCACUCGUGAGGAAUACAGUCUCAUCGACAAAUACGACAAGAAAUCUGAAACUGAGAAGAAGACUAUCUUUUCAACUGAAGGUGACAGACUUGCUCAAUUCUUUGUUGAUUUCUUACAAAAGAGUGCAGAUUUGGAUACAAUUCAAUACGUUCUCUACUUGGUUAAUGAAAUCAUUAGAAUUGAACCAAAAGCAUUGAAUAACUUUGUCAGAUUAAAUAGCGCAAAGGAUGCAAACUAUCCAUACAAUAUCUUCUUUAGAUUGUUCAAUCGUGAGGACAACAACGCAUACGUAAAUCUGAUUGCCGGUAUCAUUUUAGGUAAUAUCUUGGCAGCUGGAUCGCCACCACAAAAGGAGAUCGAACAUUUCAUCAACUGGUCACUCCCACUCCUCCGUAAAUCAGAGCCACGUGAAGUCGAAGUCGCAUUGAUUGCCCUACAAGCUUUCUUGGCCAAAGAAGAUAACAGAGUUCUUUUCAACAAAUUACAAGGAACUAAUUUAUUAGUUGAGAUUGUUUCAAAUAAUGCUAGUCCAAAUACAUUGCUUUUGCCAUUGCUCUAUGAAGCUUUAUAUUGUAUUUGGUUGUUGUCAUUCAGUCCAGUCGUUGCUCACGAUGCCUCUGAAAAGAACAUCGUCCCAACUUUGGUUCAAAUCACUAAAACCAUUACUAAAGAGAAGAUUAUUAGAUUGUCAAUUGCUUCCCUUAGAGUAAUUAUCAAAUUUGCUAAGCAAAUACCACCAUAUUCAUACAACUAA